AUGGACUGGCUCAACAAGGAGCAGGCGGGCGCUGACCCGUCCACGCGUCUUGCCCGCUCACAGACGCCGCCGCCCGAGCUCGACGCGCUGCGCGUCGCGCUCGAGGCCGAGGUCCCCGAGCUCGCCGAGUUCUUCGUUUGCACGUGGGUGCAGGUGAACGUGACGGACGGCGCCGACACGCUCGCCGCGCACGUGGACAAGCCCGCGUGGGGCGACGUCGUGGUCGUGUUCACGCUGGACGACAUCGGCGUCGAGCUCGCGGCGCGCUGCUCCGGUCUAAAAUUAAGCGCCCGCGUGAACGCGCUCGAGGCCUACAUGCUCGCCGGGCCCGCGCGCUACGCCGCGAGCCAUCGCAUCUCGAUGAGCGGACCCCGCGUCGGGGUCGUCUUCCGCUACCACCUCAAGGACGUCGUCGCGCUCGGGACGCGGGCCUCGGCCGACGGCGACGUCCCCGUGGGCACGAUCGUGUCCGCGCGGUGGCCCUCGCAGACGAACUCAAAAUUGCCGCACUCCAAGUACCGGUCCGCGUACCCGGCGGUCGUGCGCGCCCGCCGCGACGACGUCUACAACCUGACCUUCUUUGCGAACCCGCCGGACGUCGCGCACGACGCCGAGGUGCACGAGAGCCUCGUCCUCGCCAACGGCGCGCGUUGGCACGCUGGCAUACUCCCCGGCCGAUUCUUCAUUCCGCCGAGCGCCGAGACUUCCGAGGGCGGCGGUGACGCCGCCAACGUCGACGGCGGCGUCGUCGGCGACGACCACGGCGACGGCGGCGGCGAGGCGCCCGUCGUCGACGAGGCGCCCAUCGACGCGCCCGUCGGCGGCGACGCGCCCGUCGUCGGCGGCGGCGCGCCAUUCGACUUCUUCGCGCAGCCAGUCCGCGCCGUAGUGGAAGUCGACUUCGACUGCAUGGUCGCCUUUUGGAAGUACAAAAACCUCAAGAAGGCGCCGCCGGAUGCCAUCUUUCGCGACAAGGAGAUAAAGCGCACCGCAGCGUCCGACUAG